AAAGUAGGUACUAUAAGCACCUAUUACAUACAAAUAAUGAUAAAAAUACUGAAUACCUAGCUAUUAGUCGUUUUAUUCAAUAAUUUCGUUUCUAAAGGACUUUAUAUAACGUCAAUCGCAGCACAGUAGAAGAAACUACAAGGGACCAAGCUGAAAGUGAAAACUGGAGGGCAGAAAGGAUGAUCCGACUCACCGCUAGUAAUUUUGGUCGUGUAUGCAAAAUGCGUCGCAAUACUAGUUGCAAAAAUAUGGUGCAUUCUAUCUUAUAUCUAACAUUCACUAGCAAGUCUGUCCAGUGUGGUAGGGAUAUGGAAGACGAGGCAAAAACAAAAUUUGAAGAAAAGUUCGGUUACAAAAUAAAAAAAUGUGGUCUUUUGAUUGAUACGCAAAUUCCGUAUUUGGCUGCUAGUCCAGAUGGCAUUAUUGGCGAUACUGCUAUCGUUGAAAUUAAAUGUCCUUAUGCUGCAAAAGACACGGAAAAUGAGAUAGAGGCUGUAUCCACUGGCAAAGUUUGUUUCCUACUAAAAAAUACCUUUCCUUAUUUUUUUUUUUAAAACAUAAUAUUUAUUAUGAUAUUAACACAGCUGAAGUAUUGUUCCAUCAAAGAAAACGAAUUGGUAUUAA